AUGCGGACUAUGAGCGUAACAUCCUUGGUGCGAGUAGCUUUAGUGCUUGUCGGUGUAGAGUGGCAGGUUCAAUCCCAGUCCGUACAAACUGGAAUAGACAGUUCUUAUAAUUUUUACUAUGAACAACCUUGCUGUACUGGACCCGUUAUAAAAAACAAAUACCACAUGAGACACAAGCGAGAUCAUGUACGGGAAUUCUCUUGUGGCACUCUUUACUACAGAACCUUCUUUGUGGAUUCCAAACGCGACGCUCUCUACGUCGGCGCUAUGGAUCGACUGUACAGGCUUAACAUGAACAAUAUAAGCGCUUCACAUUGCGACAGAGAUUCUAUUAAUUUGGAACCAAGCAACGUAGCUCAAUGUGUCUCUAAAGGAAAAUCUGAACACUUCGAUUGCCGCAACCACGUGAGAGUGAUUCAACCCAUGGGUGAUGGCAGUCGCCUUUACGUGUGUGGAACCAACGCUCAUAGCCCUAAAGACUGGGUAUUAUAUUCUAACCUGACACACCUGCCACGCUACGAGUACGUGCCGGGCAUCGGCAUGGGUGUCGCCAAAUGUCCUUACGAUCCUGCUGACAACUCAACCGCCUUGUGGGUGGAGAGAGGCAACCCUGGUUCCCUUCCUGCUCUGUACUCCGGAACCAACGCAGAGUUUACUAAAGCAGACACCGUGAUCUUUCGAACCGACCUGCAUAACUUGACAACUGGACGACUAGAGUUUUCCUUUAAACGUACCUUGAAAUACGACUCUAAAUGGCUUGACAAACCAAACUUCGUUGGAUCUUUCGACGUUGGGGAAUAUGUGCUGUUCUUCUUCCGUGAAACCGCUGUGGAAUAUAUUAAUUGUGGGAAAGCAGUGUACUCUAGAGUAGCGAGAAUUUGCAAGAAAGACACUGGCGGCAAAAACAUCUUAAGUCAAAACUGGGCCACUUACUUGAAGGCGCGCCUAAACUGUAGCAUACCCGGGGAAUUCCCAUUCUACUUUAACGAGAUCCAGAGCAUCUACAAAGUUCCUGGGGAUGACAGCCGUUUCUACGGUGUAUUCACAACUGCUUCAACAGGAUUGAUGGGUUCAGCAAUUUGCACAUUCACCAUCGGUGACAUUCAGAAAGCAUUCGAAGGAAAAUUCAAAGAACAGGCGACUUCAAGCUCCGCCUGGCUUCCAGUCAUAAGCAGCAGAGUUCCUGAACCAAGACCUGGCAAAUGCGUGAAUGACACUUCUUCCUUGCCAGAUACAGUGCUCAAUUUUAUAAGGUCACAUCCACUAAUGGACAGCGCGGUGUCUCAUGAACACGAAAAGCCUAUUUACUAUAAAAGAGAUCUUUUCUUCACUCGCCUGGUUGUGGAUCGAGUAAAAGUGGAUAUGAUGGGUCACCCUCUUGAAUAUACCGUCUACUAUGCAGGCACAAAUGAAGGAAAAAUUCAUAAAAUCGUUCAAUGGUCUCGGAACGGGGACAGUCAGUCAGCUUUACUUGACAUCUUCGAUGUGACUCCCGGCGAACCAAUUCAGGCUAUGGCAAUCUCACGUAUACAUGGAUCUCUGUACGCGGCGUCAGAUCGGCGCGUGCUUCAAUUACGACUUGCUCUAUGCGCGCGACGUUACGACGCUUGCGUUCGCUGCGCUAGAGAUCCGUACUGCGGCUGGGAUCGAGAGGCGGGAGUAUGCAGGGAAUAUAUGCCUGGCUUGAUACAAGAUGUUGCGAACGAAACAGCAGACAUUUGUGAUACUUCGAUCUCAAGGAAAGUUGUGUCAGCGACGUGGGGACAGAGUCUGCAUCUGGGAAGCUUUGUUAAGAUGCCAGAGGUUCUACACCCACGAGCUAUCUCGUGGUAUCAUUACACAAGAGAUGGAAGACAUUCGAUUAGUUUCAACAAACCGGAGAAAUACAUAGAGACAUCUGAACACGGUCUGCUGAUCAUAUCAGUGAGUGAGACUGACGCUGGAAGGUACGACUGCUGGCUGGGAGGGUCGCUGCUAUGUUCAUACAACGUCACGGUCGACACACAUCGAUGUUCUCCACCCGAAAAGAGCAAUGAGUACCAGAAGAUAUACUCAAACUGGUGUCACGAAUUCGAAAAAUAUAAGACGGCUAUGAAAACAUGGGAAAGGAAGCAAGAGUCACUCACAAAUGUAUUUCUUGCAGCAAUGUGCACGUCAAAACGACUCCAAUCAGAAUACGCAUCCCAACGAGAUCGUGUGAUAGCUUCUGAACGUCGCCUACCUCAUGUUUCAAUCCGUCAACUACUUCAUAGGGGUCAUACCGAUACCUUACAAGGGGUGAAGUUACGGACCAUAAACAGUCACGCUCUGCGGCGGCGGGGUCGGACGAGCGAGCCGGCUGCGUCACGGCUAAUGAUGAAUCGCGUCGGCUACGAAAACCUCGUCGGCUACGAGAAUCGCGUCGGCUACGAGAACACAAAUGCUACGGUCAUAAUUUCAUCGUACAUCAGAACUGGCUAG